CUCCGGUCGAAGAAUCGCGAAGUUAUAGAAUUCGACGAAGAUAAAUAGAUGUUCGUCUGCUAUUUAGAUAUCAUAACCAUCAACUUCAGUAACAUCCUGAAUUUCAUCAACAUUCGCAACUUCAUCUACCUCCUCGACUUUAUUAAUACCCUUCACUUUAUCGACAUUCUCGACUUCACCAACUUUGCCAUAUUACAUCCAUCAAGAUGAAGUCCUUCACCGUUGCUACCAUUGCCGCCGCCCUCGUCUCCUCCGCCGCGGCUCUGCCCAAGGAACCUUCAUUCGCCAAGGUCAACCUAGUCGCAAUUAACCGCCCCAUCAGCGGCGAGUGGUCCGAGAAGCGAGUCACCGUCGACCUCGCGACUCUCAGCCACCAGGAGAACCUUCCAAUCACCGGCCUGGCAAUCGAGAGCGUCUAUAUCACUGCGCCCCCGGCCCCGGGCCUGUCCGCCAUCGGCGUAGCUGAUAUCACCUGCCAGCGCUACAAGGACCAGUUCGGAGUCCAGCGGGGCAGCGCCGCCUUCACCAGCUCGGUGAACGCAUCCAUCAGCACCAACUCUGUCGACUUCGGCUAUGUUCUUUGCUACGCAAAUCCCACCGCCUAGUUUGGAGGUUGAUCAAUUAGGAGAAGACGUGCAGACAUAGGUCCGACUCCAGCCUUGGGGGUAAACGGAAGGGUAUAAUGUUAAUGGGUUAUUA